CUUUUCAUAUCUGGCAUCAUAGCUCUGUUGUCUUGGCCUGCCUGCUGUCCUGCGGGCUGUGGAGACGGCAAACUGGGGAGGGACAUUUCUGCACACCUCUUGAGUUUCUUCAAAGAGCUGCAGAGAGACACAGGGGAGGAGGGAGAUCACAGAGAGGGGGGUAGAGAGGCGAAAUCAUCCCAUCCCCUCCGCUUGUGAGCAAGGCACUGCUGCUUGGAUCCGUGCUCCUCGGCUCUCUCAUGUAACAGGAUAAAAUGCUGAAGUUCUUCUCUGCGCGGGAUGACGAGAAUGAAAGCCUUCUGGGAGCAAUAACUGAGGAUGAAGGAGACAAUCCGUCUCUGCAGGACACCAAGCAGCACUGGCUGAACAGACCCUGCCUGCUGGUGCUUAAAGAUGGGGAUGUGUCCAAACCAGGAUUGGGCUGCGGCCAAAUAAGACCAGAAUCUCCAUCUAAGACCCCCUCAGACACAUCAGUCAGAGGCAGCUUUGGGCCAUGUGAGCAGAAACCAUCUGAACAUCCUGCCAAAACUGCCUCACCCUCCCAGCUGGAGGAGGGCAGCUGCACUGUGACCACCAUCUCCACAUGGGGUGAGAGUUGUUUCGGGGAGUCUUCCAGCCCCCUGGUGCUGAGUCCUGCUGAGACCGCAUGGCCAGAUGAGGAGGAAGAGGAGGAGGUGGCAGAGGAAAAGAAGAAGCCCCAGGCUCCGCCAUCAAAGGAGGACUCUGUGGUUGAGGAGAAGGAGCUGGAGGAGAGCAGGCUGGAGCAGCAAGAGCAGUCCUGCAGCUCCGAGGCGACUGCAGCACCUUCUACUCUCUCACAGGAUGACGCACAUGGCAGGGGGCCCAAGGAGCUCCAGAGCCAGUUUAAGACGGUCAGAUCUAAUGGAGGAGAUGAGACGAACAACAGCAAGGCUCAGGGAGCCAGUGGAGAGGGAGCGGUGGGGGACUGUGCAGCUUCCCCACUGGAUCCUGACAAUGAGUCCCAGCUGAGCCCUGUUGGUAUUCUAUCCAAGGAUCGAGGCACUGUCCUAGGAGAGGUAGCUCCAGUGUGGAUCCCUGACGCUCAGGCGCAGGUCUGCAUGAAGUGUGGGGUCAAGUUUACGUUUACUAAGAGGAGGCAUCACUGCCGAGCUUGUGGGAAGGUUUUUUGUGCACUCUGCUCCAACCUGAAGUUCAGACUCACACAUCUGGAUGGCAAGGAGGGGCGAGUCUGUGUUUCCUGUCAUUCAACCCUCCUCAAAAGGACACCACCGAGGGGGAAAAGGAGGGUGUGGUUUGCAGAUGACAUCCUCCCCACUAAGCAGUCAGAGUCCGCUCCGACCACACCAGUCAGAGGGUUCUCACCGCUGAUGAGACGAGCGCUGGGCGGACCGGUCAGAAGUCCUGUGGGGUCACCACAGCUUAGGAGAGCCUUGCGGCCGCAUGGGACAAAUAUCAACGAGGCCUGUGGUCCUUACGGAUGGGGCACCACAGCUUUAGUCAGCAGCUCUGCCAACCUCAUCCCUCUGGAUGGCUUGCCACCCAUCCUCACCUCCACAGGAGUCAAAGGAGAUUACACUGUGGAGGAGCAGCCCUCUGAGAUGCUGCUUAUUCAGGAGUUGGAGAGUGGCAGGCCCAAGCCCCUGGUGUUUGUCCUCAAUGCCAACCUACUGGCUAUGGUCAAGCUGGUCAACUAUGUCAACAGGAAGUGCUGGUGUGUAACAACAAAGGGAAUGCACGCUGUCGGCCAGGUGGAGGUGGUGGUGCUGCUGCAGUGCCUGCCUGAAGAGAAGAGCUUCCCCAAAGACAUUUUCAGCCACUUUAUCCAGCUGUACAGGGACACCCUCACAGGAAAGGUUGUGAAACACCUGUCGCUGUCCUUGCUUGGCAGUAGUUUCCUGGGCAGCGAGGAGCACGCGGGCUUCUUGUACAUUCGCCCCACUCUCCAGUCCCUUCAAGGUCUACCUCUGCCAAACCAGCCCUACCUCUUUGGCCUGCUGGUCCACAGAGCAGAGGUGGCCUGGGCCAAAGCCUUCCCCUUGCGUCUUAUGCUGCGACUGGGGGCCGAGUACAGAUUUUACCCGUGUCCCCUUUACAGCGUGCGCUUCAGGAAGCCCUUGUUUGGGGAAAUUGGCCACACCAUAAUGAGACUGUUAGUUGACUUUAGGAAUUACCGUUACAGCCUACCAAUGGUGCCGGGGCUCACUGUGGAUCUAGAGGCUCAGAGGACCUGCAUAAAGAUACCAACCAGCGGGUAUAAUGAACUAAUGAAGGCUUUGAAUAAAUCCAAUGAGCAUGUGCUGGCCAUCGGGGCGUGCUUCAAUGAGACUGCAGACUCCCACCUCAUCUGUGUGCAAGGAGACGAUGGCCAGUACCAGACCCAAGCCAUCAGCAUCCACAAUCAGCCACGCAAAGUGACUGGAUCCUGCUUUUUUAUAUUCAGCAGUGCACUGAAAGCGACUGCAGGAUAUCUGGCCAAGUCCAGCAUCGUAGAAGAUGGGCUGAUGGUGCAGAUCACUGUGGAAACCAUGGCGGAGCUCCGCCGGUCGCUACGGGAGAUAAAGGACUACACCGUCACCUGCGGACGGCUUGACCAAUCAGACAGCCAGGAGCUGGUUUGUGUACAGUGGGUGGAGGAGAAAUGCACUGUGAAUAAGGGAGUUAUCAGCCCCAUCGAUGGGAAAUCCAUGGAGUCCAUCAGCAGUACAAAAAUGUUCCAGAAGUCAGAAUACAAAGAAAACGGGAAGAUCAUCCGUUGGACAGAAGUGUUCUUCCUGCAGAGGGGGGAUCAUCCCAAAGGAGGAGCCAGUGACUCUGCUGAACAUGAUCGGUUAACAGAGCGGAUUGCCCGGGCAUUUUGCUUGGCACUGUGUCCACACCUCAAGCUGCUGAAAGAGGACGGGAUGGCCAAACUGGGGCUACGUGUUGCUUUUGACUCUCAAGAGGUGGGAUUUGUGGCCGGGAGCAAUGGGCAGCCCCUCCCUGCUCAGUACCUGAACGCCCUGGAUAGCGUGCUGAUCCCCGUCAUACACAGCAGGGGGCGCAAGAGAGGCGAUGAGCCCAUAGUGAUGGAGCUUAUCUUUUACAUCCUGGAGAACAUCACCUAGAGUGCACCCAACUAUUUCAUCUUAUUAAACCCUGACCACAGCUCUGUCUCCGGCACUUCUCAUCAGUGCUGCCAUCAGUUUCAGGGCAACAAAAGCAUUCAAAGGGCGAACCAGACCACAUCUACGGUCUGCAUCCAUCUCAUCCACUCACGAGUAGAGAGAAACGAUCUGACUCUUAGUGGUUCUCUGAUCUUACCCUGCCCUGCAGCAGACAAUCUGGGUACGCAUGAAACCUAGGAUGGACCAUCAGAUCACUGUACACUGUACAGACGUAGCAACUUCAUAGCUUGAUAUCAUUCACGUCACAAAUGUUCAAUACAAAUUCCCAUAUGGAGAAUACCUUUAAAAGUGGGAGCCGGAUUCAGCCCCACGACCUUAAAGCAAAGAGAAAAAGAGAAUGACUUGAAGAACAGAAUGUAGUAGAUCUGUAGCAAAUUGAUGCAACACUGAAUGAAUGCCUGAAGAAUGUUUUCUUACUGGAUGUAUUUUAAUUGAUUGCUCAUGAAAUGUAAUGUCGGCCUACAAUUAAACUUGCAACAAUGACUGAGUUACUGCCUGUUCAUCCACGACCCUAUACUCAACAUGGAGUACUUGUACUUUACUGGAGUAUUACCAUUUCAUACUGCAUUAUGCUCUUUUUUUCUCCACCUGUUAAACAACUACAACUACGAGCUGCUUUGCAGGUUAAGAUUUUACUUCAUACAUAAACAUGAAGGUGGAAGAAAAUUAAAAACAUCUUUUAAUGAAAUGCAGUCAAAACACAACCAUUUCCUUCCCAUGAGAUCAGUUUCAUAAAGACUUUACAGUUGUGACACACACCGAUCGGCCAUGACAUUAAAACCUGACAGGUGAAGUGAAAACCAUCUUGUUACAAUGCAAUGUUCUGCUGGGAAACCAUGGGUCCUGAAUUUCAUGUAGAUGCCACCUGACACGCACCACCCACCCAAACAGCGUUGCAGACCAAAAACACCCCUCAUAGCAACAGAAAUGUAAUCUGGGAGUGCUGUCGCCACGAGGGGGGAGACUUGGUCUGUAACAUGCAACCCUGCAAAAAUUCCUCAGGAAUGUGCUGAGGCGUUGACCUGACAUCCAAAUUCUCUAGAUCCCGACUCAGUUAAGGAUGCGUUGGAUGUGUUGCUGCCCCACCUCGCAACCCACAGGACUGAAAAGAUCUGCCCCCAACGCCCUGGUGCCAGACAAUACAGGCCACCCCCAGAGGUCCUGUGUCUAUUCCUCAGAUGCUCAGAUUGGGAUCUUGGGAAUUCUGGGGCCAGGUCGACGCCUUGAGAUCUUUGUCAAGUUCCUCGGGCCAUUCCUGAGCAGUUUUUGUAGUGCAGCAUGAAGCAUUAUCCUGCUGAGGGUGGAUACUGUCAUCGGGGAGUGCUGUUGCUAUGAGGGGAUGUACUUGGUCUGCAACGGUCAUUGCAUGGGUGGUGCAUUUCAAGUGGCAUCCGCAUGAAUACCAGGACCCAAGAUUUCCCAGCAGAACAUUGCAUUGCAACAAAUGAUAAGUGUUAUUCACUUUGCCUGUCAGUGGUUUUAAUGUUGUGGCUGUACAUUGCAAUAAAAGGAAAAGCUGCCUGUUCCAGCCUGUUAAAAACAAAGCCCUUGUUUAUACAUCUUGCAUCCAUUUGAAGACUGAAUGAGUGUAAAAACAACCCCUUCACUCAAGUACUAAUGGAAAUAUGACCACAUUUUUGUCCCUGAUGAACCGAGCUGAUGGUUGAGUAAUGUGGGUGGAGAUCCGGUUCGCAGGAUGCUUUCUCUCUGCCUCUUACUAUGAAUCUCUUUAACCAAAGCAGAAUGGGGCUCUUGUUUACCUCCUACUUGCUCCACAUACUUGGGAUGGC